AUGUCUAUGCCCGACGUACCCUAUAUCAAGCAGCAGCGAACAUGGAUCGACAAGCGCGGCAAGGAAAAGCAGGUCCCGAUGAGGGUCUUCUGUCCAGGUCUCUCACGCACCGGCACCUCAUCCUUGCGAGUCGCGCUGUGGGAGUUGGGGUACGAGGCAUACCACGGCUGGUCUUUAUUGGAGAACCCUCCCGACUCCGUGCUUUGGAAGGAAGCCAUGAAGGCGAAGUUCGAAGGCCAGGGACGCUUAUAUACGAAGAAGGAUUUCGACUCCUUAUUCUUUGAUGUUGAUGCCAUCAUCGACGUUCCCGGCAAUCUCUUUGUGGAAGAGCUGAUCGACGCGUAUCCCAAUGCCUUGGUGGUCAUGACCACACGAGAUGUAGAUUCAUGGUACUCAUCCUCCAAAGCAACCAUAGCACCCUCUAACAAACCCCGUCUCCUCUUCCCUCUGCUCUGUGCAUUCGACCGCGCCGUCGGCCUUUACCUACCCACCUGGCUCCAGGCCAUGAAAUACAGCUUCGGCGACGACUUCGCCGCGAACGGCAAGGCCGUCUACGCCAAACAGCUCGCCCUUGUGCGCAAGAAAAUGUCCGACGCCGGCCGCUUAAACGAAAAUGAGUACCUCGAAUUCAACGUCAAAGAGGGCUGGGAGCCGCUGUGCAAGUUCCUAGGCAAGGAGGUACCCAAGGAUGUUGAGGGAAAGCCGAAGCCGUUCCCCCACGUCAAUGAUCGAGCUACAACUGGGCAGAUGUUUAAACCGUAUUUUGUGGCCUUGUUUCAGGAGUUGCUGUGGCAGGCUGGAACGGUUGUGGUUGCUAUUGCAGUGAUGGCAGGGGCAUUGUGGUUGGGGAGUGAGAAUUGGGCAAAGGUCUUUGAGGGUGACAAGUCGUUCUAG